CGCCCUCUCUCUUCUCCCAGCUCCUCCGGGAGGAGGAGGGACGGUACAAGCGAGGGGGCUCCCACCCCUCAGCACUCGACUUGGGGUUCCAAGCCGUCGCCACAGUCUCCAGGCUAUCACCUCAUCCCCGCCAAGGGUCCCAGCCAUGGGACCCAGUUCCAGCUCCGGCUUCUACGUGAGCCGCGCGGUAGCCCUGUUGCUGGCGGGGCUGGCAGCCGCGCUCCUGCUGGCAUUGGCUGUGCUCUCAGCCCUGUACGGCCACUGCGCUCGUGUCGCGCCGUCGGAACUUCGCAACUGCGGCGUCCGGGACGCCGAGCCCUCAAGGUCGAGCGAGCAGGGGGGGUCGCCGCCUGCCCGGAAGCCCGGCCCCACUCGUGAGCCAGCGGUGGCGGUCACGCCGGACAAGUGGCUACCCCCGGGGCCCUGGGACCAGCUGCGCUUGCCGUCCUGGCUCGUGCCACUGCACUAUGAGCUGGAGCUGUGGCCCCGGCUGAGGCCGGACGAGCUCUCGCCUCCAGAGCUGCGCUUCACUGGCCACGUGAACAUCACUCUACGCUGCACGGUGGCUACCGCCCUGCUGCUACUGCACAGCCUCUACCUGGACUGUGAUAGGGCCGAGGUGCGGGGUCCUCUAUCCCCGGGCACUGCAGACGCCACCGUUGGCCACUUGCCGGUGAACAACGUGUGGUUCGCAUUGGACAUGCAAUACCUGGUGCUGGAACUCCGUGAGGCCCUGCAGCCCGGGAGCCUCUAUGAGCUGCAGCUGAGCUUUUCGGGCCUGGCAUACCAGAACACGAGGGAGGGACUCUUCCUCAACGUCUACACGGACCAGGGUGAGCGCAGGGCCCUGUUAGCAUCUCAGAUGGAACCAACAUUUGCCAGGAAUGUUUUCCCUUGUUUUGAUGAGCCAGCUCUGAAGGCAACUUUUAAUAUUACAAUUAUUCAUCAUCCAAGAUAUGUGGCUCUUUCCAACAUGCCAAAGCUAGGCCAGUCUGAAAAAGAAGAUGUGAAUGGAAACAAAUGGACUGUUACCACCUUUUACACCACACCCCGCAUGCCUACUUACUUAGCUGCAUUUGUUAUAUGUGACUAUGAGCAUGUCAACAGAACUGAAAGGGGCAAGGAGAUACGCAUCUGGGCCCGGAAAGAUGCCAUUGCUAAUGGAAAUGCAGACUUUGCUUUGAACAUCACAGGUCCCAUCUUCUCUUUCCUGGAAGACUUAUUUAAUAUUAGUUAUCCUCUUCCAAAAACAGAUAUAAUUGCCUUGCCUACUUUUGACAACCGUGCCAUGGAAAACUGGGGACUAUUGAUAUUUGAUGAGUCAUUAUUGUUGCUGCAACCAGAUGAUCGACUGACAGAAAAGGAGACGGUGAUCUCCCACAUUGUCUCCCACGAGAUCGGACAUCAGUGGUUUGGAAACUUGGUCACCAUGUGUUGGUGGAACAAUAUCUGGCUCAAUGAAGGUUUUGCAUCUUAUUUUGAGCUCGGAGUAAUUAACUACUUCAAUCCUAAACUCCCCGGAAAUGAGGUAUUUUUUUCUAACAUUUUACAUGAUGUUCUCAGAGAAGAUCAUGCCCUGGCAUUUAGAGCCGUCUCCAUGAAGGUGGACAAUUUCACAGAAACAAAUGAAAUAAAUGAGCUCUUUGAUUCAUUUACUUAUAAUAAGGGAGCAUCGAUGGCCCGGAUGCUUUCUAGUUUCCUGAAUGAGAGUGUAUUUAUUAGUGCACUUAAGUCAUAUUUGGAUACAUUUUCUUACUCAAAUGCCGAGCAAGAUGAUCUGUGGAGGCAUUUUCAAAUGGCCAUAGAUGACCAGAGUAAAAUUGUUUUGCCAGCAACAGUAAAAAGCAUAAUGGACAGUUGGACACACCAGAGUGGUUUUCCAGUUAUCACCUUAAAUGUAUCCACUGGCGUCAUGAAACAGGAGCCAUUUUUUCUUGGAAAAGUUAAAAAUCAGACUCUUCUAACCCACAAUAACACAUGGAUUGUACCUAUUCUUUGGAUGAAAAAUGGAACUACACAGUCUUUAGUUUGGCUAGACAAAAGCAGCAGAUUAUUCCCUGAAAUGCAAGUUUCAGAUUCUGACCAUGACUGGGUGAUUUUAAAUGUGAAUAUGACUGGAUAUUAUAGAGUUAACUAUGAUAAAUUAGGUUGGAAGAAAUUAAAUCAACAGCUUGAAAAAGAUCCUAAGGCUAUUCCUGUUAUUCACAGACUACAGUUGAUUGAUGAUGCCUUUUCCUUGUCUAAAAACAAUUAUAUUGAGAUUGAAACAGCACUUGAUUUAACCAAGUACCUUGCUGAAGAAGAUGAAAUAAUUGUAUGGCAUGCAGUCUUGGUGAACCUGCUACCCAGGAAUUUUGUUGCUGAUGUGAACAACUAUGAUAUAUACCCAUUAUUGAAGAAGUAUCUAUUAAAGAGAUUUAUCUCAAUAUGGAAUAUUUAUUCAACUAUAAUUCGUGAAAAUGUGGCAGCAUUGCAAGAUGACUAUUUAGCUCUAAUAUCACUGGAAAACUUCUUUGGAGCUGUAUGUUUCUUGGGCCUUGAAGACUGUCUUCAGCUGUCAAGAGAACUCUUCAAAAGCUGGAUGAACCACCCAGAGAAUGAAAUACCUUAUCCAAUUAAAACCGUGAUUUUAUGUUAUGGCAUUGCCUUGGGAAGUGAUAAAGAAUGGGACUUUUUGUUAAGUAUCUACACCAAUAACACAAAAGAAGAAGAAAGGAUUCAACUUAUUUAUGCAAUGAGCUGCAGUAAAGACCCAUGGAUACUUAACAGAUUUAUGGAAUAUGCUAUCUCUACAUCUCCAUUCAAUUUUAAUGACACAAAUAUAAUUGAAGUUGUGGCAGCAUCUGAAGUUGGCCGGUAUGUCGCAAAAGACUUUUUAGUCAACAAUUGGCAAGCUGUGAGUGAAAGUCUUUAUUUACUUUUAAAGCUACAACACCACUUUGGGCAGGUAUGGAACUCAGUCAUUGGUUACACUAAUGUAUAUAAUAGGGAGAACCAUAAGUACAGAUUUACAGAUCAUGGAGCUGCAGCAGUUUUUCAGUCCCAUGUUGGAGGAGCACCAGAAGCUCACAAUUCAUGCCAAAUUACAGACAAUAAAGAACGAAAAUCUGAAAAACAAAAACCAAAGUGCCAAGAUAGCUGCAUGGCUACGAAAAAACACAUAAUUUAGUGGCCACUUUUGGCAUUCCUCUUGCAUAUUAUAAGGUAGUUUGUUGACAGUUUUGUCUUCCAGCACUGUGUGAGACUAGAAAGCCACAUGUUUUGUUGUUUGUAUUGCAGUUACAUUUACGGCUCAGAGUCCUGUUCCUUGUCAUGCUGGCUCUGAGGCUCAGUGAUUGCUGAGGGUUUUGCCAGCACUGCUGUAUUUCUGUGGAAGAUUUCACUUCAAGUUGGGCUGUUAAACCACAGAAUUUACUUUAAAUAACUUGUAAAAAUUUUACCUUAGAAAGUCUUGUCUUGCUUAUUCUGUCGUGAAGGCCAGUGGAAUAGUAAAUCAUGGGCUAAAUGAGCACAUUCUUUUUUGAGGGAAGUACUGAUCUGCAAUACUCUAGAGUUUAUUUAGUUCAGUAUUUAAAAUAAUAAUGAGAAAAUAACACACCGGUGUGAAGAAACAGAAACCAAAAGAAUAAUAUUCCCAAAGAAAGGCCGAAGAAGAGCAAGUUUUAAAAAGAAGGAACCCGACAAUUUUAUCAGCCAUGUGAAGUGCCCUGAAGGCAAGAAGUGUGUCUGCUGCCCCUUUCUCUCUCCCCAGGGUGCAUAAGGUUUUGUGCCACACUUUACUGGCUACUGAAUUUAUGAUGUCACAAAAAGACCCAGGAGUGCAAGGUCCAUGAAAUGCCUUCAGGCUUGCUGUUGUUGGAAGCCAGACUGGAGAGGAGGGCUCUGCUCUGCCUUGCAGCUCUUGACGCUUCGCCUGUGGGAAUGGACACUCUUUUAGCCAAAGUUGAUGAGUAAAAAUAAUGAUGUCAACAGACAAGAGCAAUUAUGGGCUAAUGUUCAGCAUAAAGGAGAUGGUCAAAUAAAGAAAACUGGAAGUAAAAGGCAUAAUCUUUUCAGCUUUGCACUCGGGAUCAAGUUUGAAAUGUGGUUGCAUUUGGCCAAAUUGAACUUACUUGUAGUUCGGAUAACUUUAAACAUUUUCAUCAGUCACACUUAAUCUUCUCACAUCUGAAACAAUCAGGACAGCUGAGGCAAAUCAUUCUACUCUAGAGUUUGUGUAUAUAUAAUUUAAUUCUUUGUUCUCAGUUAGAUUUGUUUUUGUAGAAUGGGGAUUUUUGUAGAACAGAUCUCCUAUCUACCUCAGAGUGAUAAUAUAAAGACUAAGAAAUACAUCAAUUAAAGGCCUUUAAAUAUGUUAUAUGAGCUCAAGACAAUGGGAUCUAAGGUCCGCCCCCCAUUUCUUAUAUAAUUUAAGGAACCACAAAUUAAAAUGCACUGCAAAAUUUACUUGCAUAUCCACUUCACAAGAAGAUACUCCCUGAGUGGGCAUGGCCGUCUGUGAGACUUGGCCCUGAGGACAAGCCAAAGUGCAGUCUACUCAGAUUUGACUGUGGGGCACAGGUCAGAAAGGUUUUCCCUUUAAAUUUAGAAAUUUAAAAUUUAAGCAAUCAAAUAUCCCCUUGUCUUCAAAUUGCUGUGCAUGAGAUAUCUUCCUAUGUUUUCUUAAACAUUCUUUCUAUAUUUCCUGUAUUUCCUCCAAUCAUCAAUCUCAUCUUUUGAUAACCUUGUCACAUGUCCUUUCAAAUGCUUUUCUUUCUCCUCUUCCUCUCCUUCACUUCCACCUCCUCCCUUUCUCCUUUGGGCUCCUCUGUCUUCCUUCUCUGUUUCCAGUGACCUCUGCCUGGUGUGCAUGUCCUCUGUCCUUGGUCUUCCCACCCUACCAUGUUCUCAUUCCCCCAAGGGCAGUUGGAAGCUAACACUUGGGGCCCCACCAGGCUCUGAUGCCUGCUGUUGGGUGAUGCCAACCACUGCCUGAACCUCCUGAGAAGUACAUACAUUGGCAGGGUUCCCUGGACCAUCAUUUGAAAAUUAAAGCCCUGUUCUAUCCUAGUUCUGUAGUAAUUAAAACAGUGCUGAAAGUGUUUAUCCAAAAUCAAAUGCUCAAAUAUUUGGUUAAUAGUCCUUCCUCUAAAUAUGAAAAGGAUUUUUGAAUAAUGCACAUUUUUUUCUGACUUGGACAAAGCCAGUUACUCCAGACAAGAAUCACAUUUAUUAUAUUGUACCUUAUACUUAAUAUAAAAGGAAGUAAUUACUGAUUGAUUACUGUGAUAGUAGUAAAUUAGAGAGUGAUACUGAGGCAGAUUUAUCUAAAUGGUGUAAAUACUUUAUUCACUAAUAAGCCAGCUUAUUAUUAGCACCCCAACUAUAAAACAAUUUCUCUUUAUACUGUUCAUUCUAAGAAAAGUUAACAAGAUGUAUGAUGUACUCAUGAUUUUUUUUCAAUUUGGUCAUUAGAAAUUAAAG